AUGUUUUCAGCAUCAAAUUAUCGUAGAUUUAUCAGUUACUUAGCCAUUAUUUUAAAAACUACCAAAUCGUCAGUUAAAAGCAAAGUGUGCAGUAACCUACUUCCCGUGGACUUUAUUUCUUUUCAAUGUGCUUUUAGUGCAUUGUUUUCUUCCUCAAGGUUAUGCUCGUGUUUAAGUGGCUUCGCUAGACUUAUGAAUGGGUAUACAGACAGUCCUGUGCAUACUCAAAAUAUGACUCAAUCAAAUAAUUUUGCAUCGCCUAAUAAAAGAGAAAGAACAGUGAAUAGUAAUCCUCACUCUUUUUCUCUCUCACCAAAAACUAUCGAGCAUCCCAGUCAAGCUUCUUCUCCAACAAAUCUAAUGAAUAGUCUUCCUAACGUAGUAGAAACCGCAACUGUACCAAACUUCCAGUAUAAACCAACAUGCAUCAUACGUGAAACACAUAGCCAAUCUGUUUUCGGUGUUGCGUUUAAUUCAGUCAACCGAAGUCAACCAACUGAUCCGCUUCUUUUUGCUACAGUUGCUAGUCACUAUGUUACAGUUUAUCAAUGUAGUCUGAAGAAUAAUCUGGAAGAUAAAUCUAUUCAGAGUUCUGAUAUGUCAUCUGUUAGUCUACUCCAAUCUUUUGCCGAUCCUGCUGGAGAUAAAGAAGAGUUUUAUUGUUGUGCUUGGUCGCGUGAUACAAGUGGUAAUGUAGCAUCUAGUUGGUGGACUGAUUGCUGUGAAAGUCGCCGACCACGUCCAACUCUUCAUCCUCAUCAAGGUCCCAUCAGCUCUUCCAGUGGAUCACUUCUACCUGCUCAUCAGCAAGUAGUAGCAGCUGCAGGUAAACGUGGUGUAAUUCGAAUCCUCUGUCCUAGUAUGGCUAGUUGUCCUGCUAGUCUUGUUGGCCACGGAUCAUCUAUUAAUGAGCUAAGAUUUCACCCAAGAGACCCUGCUCUAUUAUUUUCUUUUAGUAAAGAUUAUACCAUUCGUUUGUGGAAUAUAGCUAGUCACGUGCUCGUAUGUAUUUUUGGUGGAGCUGAAGGUCACCGAGCUGAAGUUUUACAUGGUGACCUAUCCCUUACAGGUGAUCUUCUGCUAUCUGCCGGUAUGGAUCAUUGCGUGAAAAUUUGGCGGCUUAAUACUCCUGAAUUAGCCAAUGCGGUAAUAGAUUCAUUUAAUUACCGCUCACGUUCGAAUCCUAAGCCGUUCCCUGUGCUCGUUCAACACUUCCCUGAAUUUAGUUCUCGUGAUGUACAUGGCAAUUAUGUUGACUGUGCCCGUUGGUUUGGCUCUUUAGUCAUAUCAAAAUCGUGUGAAAACAGUGUCACACUCUGGAAGCCUGGUGGACUAGAUGAUUCCUCAGCAAAUAUUCCUAGUUUAUGCAAUGGAUCUCCAAGUAAUACUUCAACAGAUGUUGGUGGCCUGCGUUUGCCGAGUCGGAUGCAACAUAUUGGCUCAUACACAGGUCCUGAAUCGCCUAUCCCCCCAGCACCUGGUGUCCCGACCGAACACAAGACAAGCAUUAUCCAUCAGUUAAAAGCUACUGACUGUAACUUAUGGUAUAUUCGUUUUGAUAUAGAUUUAAAGAAUCAUGUUCUGGCUUUGGGUACAGGAACUGGGCCAUCACGUGUCUAUUUGUGGGACUUAAAAUAUCCUGAAAAUGCUCUUAAUCUCCCAGCUCAAGUACUUCAUUUCCCUACAGUUAGUGGAGUUGGUCCCGGUGGUAUGCCUUUAAGUCACAGUGCCAUUAGACAAACUCGUUUUGCUGACGAUGGAGAUAUUCUUUUGUGUGUUAGUCACCCGCUAAGCUUCAUGGUAUUAAAUGGCAUCACAAUAUCGUCGGUUGUAUAAGGAAAAUUUGCUACGUUGGCCUCGUUUGUGGUAAUUUUCUGUUGUAUCCUGGCACGAUCUCGGUAUCCUUUCGAUGCCACGAGAUCGCCAGCAAAUAUAUAUCUCGACUUGGUCCAUUAACUGUCUUCUGGUAUUUGGCUUCUCGGGGAUUUUAUGGAUUUAUUUGGUUACGUUCAACCUUCGCCUUCUGAUUUAUCUGGCACGUGUUUCUUUGUAGCGGUGUUCAUAGUUAACCUCGACUCGACGCCACGCUACAAUUGGUGACCCGUAUUUUGGAACACGCCUCAACAUCUGGUCAAAUCUUCCAAAGAAGCCAAUUCGGUGAGUCUAUGAUUUAUCUAUCCACGUCUGUCGUAUAUUUUCAUAUUUUUUAAUAUAUAAUAUACGCGACAUGACGGAUAACGAUAAGAAUAGUAUUAAUAUAAUAGACUCACAUGUAUGUGUACCGAAUCCUUGUUACUUUUUAUUCGCGUGACGAUGAAUUCCACGCUUUAUUCGAGAAAUUUUCCCCUAUUAACUAUUCUCCUCGCUGACCCGGCUGCUUGGUACGGAAUGCAUACGCAUAAGCAUUAACGUCUACCACCCAGCACCAAAUGGUUAAGUAAACGGUUUCACUGCCAACUUAAAAGUGCUCUACGAGCACACGAAAACGGCAACUGGCACGAAACCUUACCGCUCGUUCUUUUAGGGAUUCGAACGAGCUUGAAGGCAGAUAUUCAAUGUUCCGCCGCUGAACUGGUAUACGGCACGACAUUGCGUCUGCCCGGAGAAUUCUUCACACCACGGAGCAGACCUAAUUUCGGUAAAUCAGACUACGUCCAUCGACUGUCUGCAUUUAUGCGAACGCUGUCUCCGGUGUCAACUCGAAUACAACAUCGACAGGUCGCUCUCCCUCGAGAGUUAUCUACCUGUUCACAUGUUUUCAUACGAGUAGAUUCGGUACGCAAACCUUUGCAACAACCUUACGAAGGCCCUUUUCACGUGAUCGCUCGUCACGAAAAGACCUUCAAGGUUGAUCGACAUGGCCGCGUCGAGAUCGUCAGCAUUGAUCGUCUCAAACCAGCACACGUCGAUGACAGUGCCCUAUCUGAUAACCUGAGAUUCAAUGCUAGACCUAUCAAACCUACUAGCGGGAUCCUCAAACCAUCUUCAGGUCCCACGCUAGAUACAUCUGAGACCUCAUUCUCACGUCCCGGUCAACAGCACGCGUCAUCUGCACCGUCUACGGACGAGACGACAGUCUCACGUCCAGAUCAGCAGACCACGCCGCCUCUGACCUCGGAUGAGAUUGCAGGCUCACGAGAUACGAACGAGACUACCGUCUCACGUUCCGGUCGCCGAGUACGGUUACCCGUACGCUUCCGCGACUAGCCGCACAGUUAACAACCGAUACGGUGUAGGAUUAUUCCUAUACUACACGCAUGCUACACUCUUCUCUUUUUUGAUUUUCUUUUUGUUUCCUGAGCCCACGCCUUCGACCAUCUCCGUUUGGUUCCGUCGACUUCAGUCAACUUUGGCGAAAGCUGGAUUGGCCACCCACGCUCUUGUCAACGUACUCAGUCGAUAUAUUGGUUUCGAAUGCUUGGCAUACGCUUGGUCUCGAACUUGGUCGUUAUGGUCGCUUCUGGUUCAUCGGCUCAACGUGGUUUCGUCCUACGUCUGCAGCGUUUCUGGUCCGCACCCCUACGAACGCCAUCUUCAGAUUCUGGAUACAAACCACUCUCGUGUAGCAUGCCAACUCAAGCAACAAAUACAGCACAUCGCUCCUGGUACCGUUCUCCGAAAACGACCUUCGUUGGCAACUCGACGAUCAACGAUCGCUUUCCUGUUCGCCAAUUCUUCCGUCCUACAAUCGCUCGUCAGCCGAUCAGUCCCACGAUUUAAACCGCUAUUUAUCGAAAGUGUAAACCCUUUCUAGCGGGGGGCUCCUGUAGUGACUCACAUUUAUCACGAGAACACGACUGGUUUAAUAAAAACAAUUAUUAUUAUAACCAACUGUACCAGUGUUUAUUUUAACGUGCUUUUGUUUGACUGUGCUAAUGACAGCUAUAUUUUGCUUCCAUUCUUUUACACACACUUUGAUUGUAACUUCGCGCGAAUUCGGUUACCUUCUGUAACCAAGGUUGUAUCCUGGCACGAUCUCGGUAUCCUUUCGAUGCCACGAGAUCGCCAGCAAAUAUAUAUCUCGACUUGGUCC